GGGAAGUCCUCCUGUUUAAGAAAAACCUUCUUUGGGCUGUUCCGGGCUUUUGUUUCCCUCUCCCCAUUACCAACUCUUCGCGUGGAGGUUCUCCAGCCCCGCCCCUAUUAGGGAGGCCUCCGCGCGGGCUGGAGUUUUCCCUCCCGUUUUCUCCGUUUAGCACUUUACGGCUGUAAUUCUGUGCACGCCUACUCUCGACUAUGGUCGAUAAGAUUUGCUUUUGAACAUGCGAAGGAUUGGCUUGCAAGGUUCCAUAUAACACCCGCUCGGCCUAAUGGUGAAAACAGGUUGUUCAGCAGUCUUUGAGGAGGAAAAUACCAAAAACAGUUUUGUGUGGAUAAUUGGAACCAGAAAUAUAUUGGAUCACAUCUUGCUUGGUAUUCUCUAACUUAUGCAUCAGGAGAUCUUUUUAUUCAGCAGUUUGUGUAAUAGACAUUGAUUGAGCACCAAUAGAGCAACUGCAGCAUAUUUCCUUUUCUUCUCAAGAUAGCUUUUAACAAUGGCUAGCCAGCAGGAUACAGUGGGAAAGGCCAAAAAAGAAAGCCUGCCUCUGUGGUGGAGAUCCCCCCACAAAAAACGGAAGAAAAAGAGUAAAGCAAGAGCAGGAAGACCAGAUUUUUCUAGUAUUCCAAGCAGGCCAGAAUUUACAAGGCCAGAAUUUGUUAGGCCAGAAUUUUCCAGGCCAGAAUUUGCAAUAUUUGUAGGAGAGUUAACUCCUGAAGUGGAUGACUUCUUGCUCUAUGACUACUUUUUCAAAAGGUAUCCAUCGUCUGUAGACUGUAAAGUGGCCACAGAUCUGCUGGGAUAUUCCAGGGGUUAUGGGUUUGUCAGAUUUUCUGAAGAAGGUGAUAUGAUGAGAGCACUGCAAGAUUGCCAGAAUGCACCUGGUUUAGGUGGAAAACGAAUCCGAUUGACUUUAGGAAUUUCUAAAAGAUUGAAAGCAGAAUUUCAGCGGUACCAGCCCUAUAGCUAUAAUGAUUAUUACCAGGACUAUCAAAACUAUUAUCGCCAAUAUAAUUAUGAUAGAAAUGAACGCCUUGAUCGCUAUGAACGCCUUGAUCGUUUUGAACGAGGUAACCGUUUUGGUGACCGUUUUCCUGACCGUUAUCCUGAGCAGUUUGGUGACCGCUUUCCUGAACGUUAUGCUGAGCGCUUUGGUUCCCGUUUUGGCGACCGCUACAGUGACUACCCUGAAUAUGGAGAUUAUAGUACAGAAUAUGGAGAUUAUAAUGCUGAAUAUAGUGACUACAACUACAGUUACGCAUCUUAUGAAAGGAUGCAACCAACUGGAAAUAUGGGACAACAGACCAUGAAUCCAGCUGUAUUUCAGGAAACUACUUCUAUGGUUAUGAAUGAUGAUCUAAUAACAGAAGAUCCACAACUCAACAUAGAUGUUCACAGAAUGAACAGAGAAUUUAUGGUGAGAAGUGAAGAACUCUUCGACACACUUAUGAGCUGUCAUUGGCAACCUCUGGAUACGGUCACCUCUGAGAUCCCUACUGCUUUCUAAAAGUGGCAUAUGUUAACACCACAGCAUGACUAUUAUGACCAAGGUGCUAAAUUGACAUUUCUUCUACAUUACUUUAGAUUCUAAGUUUUAAAGCACAGUGUUGGAUUUUUUUGCUAUGCUUUGAUGGCCUUUGUAAUUUUUGUUCAUCACUCAGUAUCUUGAAAUCAUGUAAAUAUUCUAGAAAUGUAAAGUUAGUCUAAAGAUAGACUUGCCUAUGUAAAUAAUAAAACUUUGUUUCUGCAAA